AUGGCAUAUGUUGCCAUCCACAUCACUGAGAGCUUCAAGAUGCAUCUCUUCACUACCUGGAGUAUAUCUGGUGUUCACCAAGUAUUCUUGUUGGAGCAUUACAAGAUGAAGGAGUGGGCUUUGGAGACUGAUGGUGUCAACUUGAAGGCAGCAAUGUGCAUUCCAGGCAUCAGCUUUAGUCCCAUGUACUUGAACAACUGCAUUGAGAGCUUUGCCACACUUAGAGUUGAAGCCAUGUGUGCAACAAUCAUGAAGGAACUUAUUAACUAUCCUGAUACUGGUGCCCUGAUGCAUUGCUCAUUUGAGGAAAUGGUGGAGAUUCCAACAGAAGCUGCUGCCAUUGGUGAAAAUAAUGAUUGUCAUGGUAUUGCAAAAAAGGUUAUGUUUGGCCAGCUUGCACCUAUGGGUACAGGUGCCUUUGAUGUCACACUGGAUAUCAACAUACUUAAAGAUGCCAUUGUCAAUCAUCAUCUGCUGGUGCAAAAUAUUCUUACUGCUCACAUGGACUGCAGUAUGACACCAAGCCAAGUAGUGAUGAUGCCAUAUGACACAAACUCCCCUGCAUGGUCAGAGAGUAACUUCAAGGGCAGGUCAGUGGCCCUCUCACCCCUUGCCAUCAAUGGCAGAGAAGAUCCUGCCAACUUUUUGUUCCUUGGAUAUGGGAAGAGUCCUUUGGGUGCAGGAGACAUGUCACCCACCAGCCCCCCUGGGCAUAGUCUGAGCUCUCCCAAUGCAUACUCACCUACAUUGCCUUAUGUCCCUCAAUCUCCAUACAGUGGAAUGACCUCACCAUUUUUACAGUCUGCAACCACCUUCCUUCAAUCCCACAUCUCUGCAGUACUCACCAACUGGCCCAUCCUUUGUCUCCAAGAUCUUCUCUGCAGCCACACAAAUGUCACCCCUGUCUCCAAAGUACUUACCCAUGUCACUGGUGUCACCCUCCUCACCCAAAUAUUCCAACUUCUCCAAGUUAUUUUCUGGCCUCUCCUGCCCAGUCUUCCUUGCUUCCACACCCUUACCAUGACUGUCAUCAUGGGUAUCAUCUGUACUGCCAACUUGCCAGGCAGUUUCACCCAUACCAUUGCAGCAUUCCCCACUGCCCCAAAUGAUGAAAUGGAAUCACCACUGACACUGAUGAUGAUGCCAACUUCCUUUCCCUUCAAUCAUCCCCAGUAUUCCUAUACCCAGCCGUUGUGCACACUUGUCAUGCUGCCAACCAACCCCCCAUGCACUGGUCCAGGAUUGCUAUUUGUCUGACUUGCAGUGAGGUCUUG